CACCAGUCUACCUUCGAAGAUGUGUCACCUGUGGAAAAGAAAGACAAUGGCCUGCGGCCACACACAGGCUCAGUGGAAGCUUGAACGUUGCCAGUAUUUUAACUCUGCCAUGCCCGCAUUUUCUUGUGGUCUCUUCCUCCACGGUGACCGCGAUGCUCGGCCCUACCAAGACGGCGACAUUGAUUGCUUUGAUUUUGAGGAUCAAUGGCAGUACGCCGUCGCAACCGUUGUGGAUAGCCGCAAUCACGCCGCUAUCCAGAACGCGAGAUAUUAUCUCAAGACGCUCAACCACCUCCGAUGGCCAGAUGCUUUCAAAGUCCACUCUAGCCUCAUCGAACAAUACAUGUACGACGGAAGCGUUAUGGAUGUAGACGCCGCCCUCGCAACCCUGGGCUACCCCACGCCGUCGAUGCCUCAUCCUCCUCAGCCCCUCGGCGAUGUGGUGAUGACCCAGGAAGAGAAGGCAGGAGCUGAGAUCGAGGAGGAAUGGGAGGAGCUGGACAUGUCUGAUUCAGACGCCGAGCCGUUUUUCGAGGCUGAGGAUGGUCUGGAGAAGGAAGAUGAGGGCUGGGAAUCUUCCGACGAGGACGAUUUCUGGGACGCAAUGGAGAUCUCCAAUGACGUCGACUCUGUCCUUGACCGCAUCGAGGAGGAAAUGGAUCCGUGGUAA